AUGGCGCAGCCAUUAGACAGAGUUGGCCAUGGACUGGCAAAAGUGCUUGGGAUCAAGCUUGACUAUCGCAACCCCACCGGCGCAGAUCUAACCCGAGGCGAAUCAACCUUCUCCACAUCUACCGCAGAUACCUUCGUUGAAGACGAACCAACCGCCUACGAAUGGAUCAGCAAGAUCACGCCUACGGGCCGUACGCUCACUAAUUGGCUGUGGAACCUUUUCCCCUUCAUUCAUUGGAUUGGGAGAUAUAACCUGCAAUGGCUCGCAGGAGAUAUGGUCGCUGGAAUUACUGUCGGUGCCGUUGUGGUGCCUCAGUCGAUGGCAUAUGCCAAGCUAGCUUCGCUUCCACCUCAGUUCGGUCUUUAUUCGUCCUUCAUGGGCGUUCUGAUCUAUUGGUUCUUCGCCACUUCAAAGGAUAUUACCAUCGGCGUGAGUGAAGGCGCGAUAAAGCUGGUCUACUGGAAAGCUAACAUUCAACAGCCGGUCGCUGUCAUGUCGACCAUCACGGGUCAUGUGGUUGACAAAGUCGCAAAGGAACACCCAGACAUUGAAGGUCACGUAGUUGCGUCGGCUCUUGCUAUCAUCUGCGGCGCCAUCAUUUGUUUCAUUGGUCUCGUCCGAUGUGGUUGGAUUGUCGACUUCAUUUCAUUGGCUGCGAUAUCGGCAUUCAUGACAGGAUCUGCCCUCAACAUUGCGGUCGGGCAAGUACCUGCUCUGAUGGGCAUUACAGGCUUUGACAAUCGAGCAUCAACGUACAAAGUAGUCAUCAACAUACUGAAACACCUUGGAAGGUCGAAGAAAGAUGCUGCGAUUGGCUUGACUGCAUUGACGAUGCUGUAUCUCAUUAGAACCGCAUUCGUCAUUCUACUUUACACCCUGAUCAGUUACCUUGUCAACAGACACCACCGGAAGACAAAGCAAAAUCGGUUUAAGAUUCUCGGAAAGGUUCCUCGAGGAUUCAAAGACGCUGCCGUGCCGACGAUCGACGCUGGAAUCAUCAAAACGUUUGCGAGCGAAUUGCCGGCUUCUGUUAUUGUUCUCCUGAUUGAACAUAUUGCUAUUGCAAAGUCCUUCGGUCGAGUCAACAAUUACAUUAUCGAUCCUUCUCAAGAGAUGGUGGCCAUUGGAGUCACUAAUUUGCUUGGGCCUUUCCUGGGGGCAUAUCCGGCUACUGGAUCUUUCUCUCGCACAGCGAUCAAAUCUAAGGCUGGUGUGCGCACACCUUUCGCAGGUGUCAUUACUGCCGUGGUGGUCCUUCUUGCUAUCUACGCACUACCCGCAGUCUUCUUCUACAUUCCUAAUGCAGCCCUGUCUGCAGUCAUUAUUCACGCCGUCAUCAUAUUCUUCGCCGGCGUCAUCGUCACGGUCUUUACCAGUAUUGAGAAUGGUAUCUAUGUGACCAUAGCUGUCUCUGCAGGAGUGCUCCUUUUCCGUGUGGUUAAGGCUAACGGCCGAUUCGUGGGCCGAGUCAAGGUCCAUUCAGUUCUUGGUGACCACUUAGUUGAUGACGAGGGCAGACCUACGACUGGCGCUGGUCAAUACGGCGCUCUUGGGUCUAGUGAUAAUGAAAAGGGAGCCCGCAAUAUCUUCUUACCAGCUGAUCACAACGAUGGCUCUAACCCAGAGAUUGAGGUUGAGAAACCGUACCCAGGUAUUUUCAUCUACCGUUUCUCUGAAGGCUUCAACUACCCAAAUGCCAAUCAUUAUCUCGAUUACAUGGUCCACGUCAUCUUUAAAGAAACGCGCCGAACGAAUCCCAACGCUUAUCCGAGACCAGGUGAUCGCCCUUGGAAUGACCCAGGUCCAAGAAAGGGCCAACCUCUUAUCACGAACGAACACCUUCCAACCCUCCAAGCAAUCAUCCUCGACUUCUCCUCCGUUAACAACGUCGACAUAACAUCCGUCCAACACUUGAUUGACGUUCGUAAUCAACUUGACCGAUACGCCGCACCAGAAAAGGUAGACUGGCACAUCGCCUGCAUCAACAACCGCUGGACGAAACGUGCCCUCGCCAGCGCGGGCUUCGGCUACCCGACCCCUCAGACCCCCGAAUCUGGCAUCUCAGAGCGCUGGAAGCCUAUCUUCUCCGUCGCAGAGAUUGGCGGGCACGAUAGCGCCGCGGCGGCCGCCGAGUACAUUGAGAAGACGCGCCAAAAGAGCGUCGCUGAUAUUGAGGCUGGAAAAGGCGAUAAGGAGGGCAUUACGUCUGCGACGAAAGAAGAUGCGUCAAGCUCAGGAAGCGAUCUUGGCAAGACGCUUAGCAAGAGCAAAGCGUACAAGAACAGCAGUGGCAAGGUGGCGGUGGUGCAUAGUAUCAAUCGCCCAUUGUUCCAUAUUGACUUGACGAGUGCGCUGCAGAGUGCGGUUGCGAAUGUGGAGGCACGGCAGCAGGAGAGGCAGGCCACGAAGAAGGGAGUUGGGACAGAGUAUGAGUAA